AUGGAUGGUAUGUGCGGUUUCCGUUCGUCGGGAGACUAUACGGAGAAAACGACGGCGAUGAUGGUAACAUCGUCGGAAAACCUUAUGUCACCGUCCGAUUACCAGAACUUGAUUUGUUCAUCCACCGGAGAUAAUAAUAACAAUCGUGUGUUUGGAUCCAACGAGCUCUUACCAGCUUCAGCUUUAUCUCCACGUAUUCGAAGAGCUCAUGGUUAUGGUGAUGAUAAUAAUAAUUUCUCGCUUGGUGUUAUCAAGACAAAGAUUGCUUCUCAUCCUUUGUAUCCUCGCUUGCUUCAGACAUACAUCGAUUGUCAGAAGGUAGGAGCUCCUAUGGAUAUUGCAUGUCUUUUGGAAGAGAUUCAGCGAGAGAACGAGGUGUAUAAACGAGAUCUUGUUCCAUUGUCUUGUUUUGGAGCUGAUCCUGAGCUUGACGAAUUCAUGGAAACCUAUUGUGAUAUAUUGGUUAAGUACAAAUCCGAUCUUGCAAGGCCGUUCGAUGAAGCUACGACCUUCUUGAACAAGAUUGAAAUGCAGCUCCAGAACUUGUGUACUGGUCCUGUGUCUACUAGAGAUGUUUCAGAUGAUGGUGCGGUUUCAUCUGACGAGGAACUGAGGGAAGGUGAUCACGUAGUUGCGCAAGACAGCCAACAAAGAAGCGAGGACCGGGAUCUCAAGGACCAGCUUCUGCGUAAAUUCGGCAGCCAUAUCAGUUCAUUGAAACUCGAGUUCUCGAAGAAGAAAAAGAAAGGAAAGCUACCAAAAGAAGCAAGACAAGCAUUGCUCGAUUGGUGGAAUGUUCAUUAUAAAUGGCCUUACCCCACUGAAGGCGACAAAAUAGCACUGGCUGAAGAAACAGGUUUGGAUCAGAAACAAAUCAACAAUUGGUUUAUAAACCAAAGGAAACGCCAUUGGAAGCCGUCGGAGAACAUGCCGUUCGCUAUGAUGGACGAUUCUAGUGAAACAUUCUUUAUCGAGGAAUGA